CAAGAGGAAAGGGCUGAUUCACCCACAGAGGUCAACGGUGCAAACUCACAAACUGGUAGUGGAAAGCAGUGAUAUUGGCAGCGAGAGAGCAAGCUGCCCUCUGGAAACUGCCUGUGUGUGCAAGUUCUUGCUUCUGUUGCCUCGUGGGUUAAGAUCUGGGACAAAUAUGCCCCAAAGGACCUGGAAUUCCUAGGAGACAAGAAGGACAUGAGGCACUGUGGCCAUGCAUUGACAUCCUGGAGCAAGCCCGGGAUCAUCAGAGAACUGGAACACGUGAAGCACCAGAGAAGGGCAAUCAAGUCCAUGUCAUGUCUUUUCCAGGCCGCUUACACACUGAAGGAGUCAAAAUUGGAAAGUUUUUCACCUUUUCCUGCAUUUUGUGAAAUGAUUUCUUUUUAUAUGCUGUUAAUGUAUAGAUCCAUGAAAUAAUACAAGUGCCUCAAAGUGUCUUUUUAUUAAUUGUGCAUUUAAUUUUGCUGAAAAAUCAAUACAAGAUACUGGCUUGUGAAAUCUGCAUGAAGUUAGUAUAAGGAGAGGAACAUGGCUGGUUGUAGCUUUUGAAGACAAAACAAAAGGCUAAUACUAUAGACUACAUUUGUGCAGUAAAAGUGUCUGUGACCAGAAGGGAAAGGGAGAAUUUAUUUCGUUGGUUGCUUAGGAAGUGAACAGACAUUUAUUAAUCAAAUAAAUCAACACCACACAUGGCAACUUGCCCCAGAAGUACCUGCUGAGGAGAGAUGGAUGAAGAAAGCAUGAGGAAAAAAUUAUCUGAAUGAAGUUUAUCCAUGGGUAGGAGACUGAAACAAGGUGUACGUGGUUCUUCCGUUCUCAGAAGAGGAUCUGAGGUGAAAACACAAAGUGAGGGGAUAGAAUUCUGCCUCUCUGAUUGGGAAUUGUUUUUACAUUGUGGCCAUGUCUUACUGUAUUACCUUUGCCUACAGGGAAAUGGCAGUGAGUCAGCAUUUGUGCUCAGGCACUAGCCUGCUCACCAUAGAUUAAAGAACUAUGAGUAUAUCAAUUGGCAAAUUCAAAAUUAUUCCACAGUUGCUUCUUCCAGGUUUUUUCCAGUGUUUAAAACUAUUUAUCAUCAGCUGCUUUCUGCUGCUUGUAGAACCACUGGAAAAUCCUGUCUCAGUCUACUGCUUAUUCUCUCGAAUGUCAAUCAUUUUCACUUCUUUGCUCUCACUGAGUGAUGUGACUAAUUAGAGGCAUGGGAACUUGCGCAUCACAGCCCUGGGAGAGCCCCUUCCAAGCAGAGAUGGAUAUUUCAGAAGCUGUUUGUUUUGUAUUUUUCUGUUAUCUGAACUAGCAGCCAGUGCCUCCCAGUGCUUUUGUUAACCCCUCUCAUCUUUCUAUAUAGAUGUUCUGUUUCUUUCAAAUAGUAACUAGUGAUAAAGAGUUAAUUCUAUAAUAAUAGAGACACCCUAGGAGAAUGAAAUUAGAAAUUUCAGUGAAAAAGGGUGAAGAGGAUGUUAUCUUUCUGGGUCUAAAAAUAAAACUUGCAAGCAGAGUCAAUGACAAAAACACUGACAGGAUGGGAUUUCAAGUGAUAUUUGAUCAUUAUGGGGCCAUCAAACGUCCCUCCUGUCCGAAUACUUAUGAAGCCCCUGUAAUCAAAGUUCACCUCUGUGGCCUUGGAAACUAAAUAGAUUGGGAAGAAUGUAAGUGCUAUGAAGAUACCAAAGGUGAAGUGGCUCUUAUGUCACUAGCCAUAAUAACAAGUGGGAUUCCAGCUAUACCAUAAGUAGUACAUUGAAGCAGGAUUGUUCUUGCAAAUUGAGAUAUAAAGAGGUGUUGGAAAGAGUUAUGCCUCGCCAUGUUUUGUGAGUGUCUGUAUGAGGGUGGUUUACGUGUGAUUUCUAUCACUAGUGCUUGUUUCUAGUCCCAUAGUCAAGACACCAGAAAACAGGAGGAACAUGUCCUAGAAACAUACUGAGUACUAAGAGAGUUUCUGCUGAUGGGUGACAGAGCUGAACUGAGGCAAGUGUCUAACUGCUAGAUUGCCUGUCUGGCAAAAUCCUUCUUCUUUUCUCCUAGCAUUGUGUCAUUGAUUCUGCAUGAGAACCAUUUAUGGCCAUUACACACUCAUCUUCAUAAAGUCUGUUUUUCUUCCAGAAAGUUGUCUAUUGUCUGUCAGUUAAUGUCUGUGUACUUUUAGACCGGAGACACACAACUGUAUUUUUAUGUCUAACUUUGAUGUACUUGCCCGCCAUGUUCUCUCUUGUGACUUGGAAUGGGAGCAACCUGGUAUCAUGACAUUGGACAGUCUACUUGAAGGGACAUGAUCUGGAUCUUAAUUUCCUGGGUGCAUUGUGGGCCAAAUAUAUGUUAAUGGACCUGCCAGUCCAUUGAAAACAAGUUAUUACUUAUCAUUCUACUUUUAGGGGAAAAAAGAAUUAAUAACUUUUGCUUUUCCUUUUCUGUAUUCUAAAAAACACACUUAAUACUUUUGCCCAGACUUCCUUCAUUGAUAAGUACUGGGCUUAAUUAUCCCCUGCUUUCCACUCUUUAUAGAUAUUGUCCCUUGUCCUAAGAAGUCAUGAUAUGUUAACAUGUCAGAAACAGUGGCAUUUAAAAUAUAUUUGCCAAAAAAAUGGGUAAUGGAUGGAUCAUAUCUUUUAACUAUGCUCAAAUCUCCUGCUCAAAAAGGACUUCACCCAGAACCAUAAUAUUGAAUUAAUGUUUUAAAUAUAAUUACAGAAUACACAAACCUCAAAACUAAGUUCAAACAAAUAAAUGACAUGAUAUAUAUACUAUCUCUGAAAGGAUGCAGAGUAAAAAAACCCCAAACCCAAACAUCUGUGGCCAUUGUUUCUUAGUGUGCAUCACCAGUCGAGAAUGGCUUCAGCAUACAGAAGGUUCUAAGAAUAACUGUUAAUAAAUUCCAACUUCAAUAUAAAGCCUGUACCAAGGAACAAAUAGUAUGCUAUGGUGUGGCGUUGAAACUUCAAGCCUGUCACAAAUCUCAGAAGCAGACAUUCCCAGAACAAAUGCUUUUCACCAAAUACCAAACAAGAAUAACUUUUCAACAGAAGAUGUCUCUGGAGCAUAAAAGAAUACCAGCUCUCUUAGGACAGUGAUGCAGAAGAAAGUUAGUAAAUAGUCAUCAUAUACUCCAGCUUCUUCUGUGGACUCAGACAAUAACCGUCAUGCCUGGAUGGUGGCUACAAGAACAAGAUUAUUUUCAUUUUCUCUAUGUGACAAAUUCCUCUGUUCUCCAGACUAAAGGAAAUAAAGCCUUUCACUGCAUCUGGUGUAAUAAAAUUACAAUAUUACCCACUACUAGUCCAGAUGAGGCAAUCAGAAAUGAACACUUUUCCCUUACAGCUGCUGCUGCUUUGAUCAAAAUUGCUCUGUGUUCUUAGUGACUGUAAAUCUGAAAGAAGAAUUGUUUUUAGGAGAUGGAAUAGACGUGCAUCACCCUCUUUGGUAAGCAUUCAAGGCUUUCUGUACUCUGGGGACUGCAAAAAUAUUUUUGCAUAUUUUAAGAUCUCAGAUGUUGAUUUUUAUUAAAAGGAUUUUCCACAGCAAAAUCUCCAAGCAUAUCAUGGAUAUUAUUCAGCCCAAAUGAAUACAUAAUGAAGAGUUUGAACAAAGCAAAAUCCAGGAUUUUUUCGAGAAUCUUAAUAGAUCUCACAUUCCAAGGUUGUUACCAGCCCAAUCCAGAAAGGAAUGAAUAAUGCUUAAACCAUUAAGCUAUCAGGGUUUUGAGGAAGUGUAAAGCAUCCAUACUAUCUAAGAAAACAAUUGCACAGAAAUUGUUCCACUGUCAAACAGUGUGAAACAAGUCCAUUAUUUUAUUUGUUUUUAUUUUAAGCUAGCAGGGUUUUAUCAAACAGCUUCAUUUUUAACUCUGUAAUAUUAUCUAAAUGAUUUCAACAUAAGUUAACCUAGAACAUUCAGGUAGGAUAUAUUCAGGGCAAGUGCUGGCACACAGGCUGCAUUCCCAGAUUAUUCCAUUCUUCUAAAUAACUAGUGACCAUGAUCCUUUCUUAGGACUACCUACUACAAUAGUACUUCGAGCUGUUUAUAUGGAUCUCUGCCAUCUCAGAACAACAACAAUUCUGGGCACAUGCUAUGGCUGAAGAAAGGUAGAAUCACAAUUUGGCAGCAACCUGGAGAGAGCAAGAUGAGGAGACUUAGUGCUCUAUAUAGCCUCAUGGAUUCAUAUUGGGUAGCUUGGAUUUCAGAAGGUCCCACCUCAGAAGGAAAUUUUAGAAUAUUUUGACAUAAAUCUGGUGUAUCGCAGGAGAUGUACUCACCCAAAUAUCCCUUUUCAAGACCGAGUACUUCAUAUAAUGCAUUUCAGACUGAGCAGGAGAUUAACUCAAGGCAGAAAAGAGCAAUAUUUGAGGCUCUUGUAAUGACAGGAACCCAAGUAGGUCCUGUAUUCCUCAGUGAUUUGUAAGGCAGUAGAAUUUUUCCCACAGAGUCUUUCACAGUCCAAGUUGUGGAAAAAAAUGGUUUUACGACAUCUGACCUGGAGGUCUCCUUGGUCCCAAGAAUUCAAAUGUUACAAAUUUCCUUUUGAGUCCAUAGGAUCAGGUGUGCUUCACAUCUCUGCCAUGUGCUCAUUGGCUUUCUUGAAUAUUGCUGGUCACUAGAAAAUUAUUUUUCUGCAUAUGACUCUUGGGAUACCAGCUCUACAAUCAGUCUGUACAGAUACUAUUAUGUUACAGGCUACUACAGGUUUUGGACAGGCUAGGAUGAUGUGGAGGGGAGCUGAACACUUGUUAAUAGGUCCUGCUUCACCUCUUUUGACAUCUGCCAUACCACAGGUUGAAGAACAAAUGGUUAUUAUCCCAUUAUUUUUAAGUCAAACUAUGAUACAGUAAUAUGCAAGCAGAAUAUUUAAAAGAGACAACACAAGUAAAGAUUUUUAUAGAAUAUUUAGGCUAAGGAAUAUAAGAAAAUCUCAAGUAUUUUGCACUACAAUAAAACCUAUGAAUUGUCUUUUUAAUUUGAACGGAUUGAUGUAAGUAGUCAGCAAUUCUCUUUCCCUUGAUUUUGUGUCGCUCAGGUUGAGCUUCUCAGAAAGCAGCCCUUCCUGGUAAAAUACUGAGGUUUCAUAGCAGCUCUUUUUUCUCAAAGUUAUUUGAACGCAUCAUGUACUUUCAGUCUCCUCACUAUUCUCUCUCGGCAAGGUCAUUGUCUCUAACUUAUUUAGGAGGAAGCUUUGAAAUUCCUCCCAUUAAAGACAAGCAUGUUGGACUACAUGACAUUUGAAGGUCCCAUCCAACCCAAACUCUUCUAUGAUUCUUCUAUGAGACAGCACUUUUUAUCUUUUAAUAGAACUUUCAAUGAAGAUGAAUAAAAUAAUCAGUAAUCUCAACAGUAAGAAACUUGGAAGUCUUAUCUUCCUGCUAAUUUUCUUUUGAACUUUAAGACCUUGAAAGAUUCUGGCUUUGCUAGGACUAAUACUGCAUCUUUAGCUGAGUUGACCCCAAACCAAUCCUUUCUUGUGAUCAAAAGUGGGUGACAGUCCUGCUCUUGUUGCAUUAUUAAAAUAUACGUGGAAGAAUGUGUAACAUAGGGAAAUGAAGACUCGUAUGUCAUGUUGUAAACUGUUCUUCAAGUUUGGUUGUCCUCUGGCUUUGUCAUUGACAGCAGAAGCUCCUGCUGAGCAGCACUAUAGUCCAAGGAAUAAGGCACAGUCUCAGGCUCCAGAGAGAGUCCUGAGACCAACCCCCCGGUUGAAGCAAGGUGGGAUUUCUGUGCAUCUGUUACAUUCAAUGCACUGUUGCCUGACAUACUUCAUAUUCGUUGCUAGCAGGUUGUUCUUUUGAGAAGCCAGGGAGAAUCAGUUUUGCUUCUGUUUUACACUAAGAAAAUUGACGUCGAAAUGACAGUUAACUACAAGAAAGGAAAACGCAUCUGAAGACUUGGGGCAGGUAGACCGGGAACGAGGUUUAUCUUGUUCAAAGCACUUAAUAGAUGUUAGCAUUAUGGUGACUGUGUCGGUUGUGACUAAUAAAUAUGGUAAACUGGCCAUAAAUGGAGGUAUGUUUGUUUUGUUGCAUCUGAUAGGAAUGAAUGUGGAGGUGUAUGCAUAUUAUGGAAAGAAAUAACAACAGAACUGCCUUACUGUAACAUGUAAGUUGUGGACAUUGAAGAAAUGAGGCAAAAAUUAUUAAACUGUCGAUGUGUUGCAUGGACUGUACUGUAAGACUGAUUUUACAUAUUGGAAAAGUGUAGACAUUUGUAUCUGAGGAUGUUUUAUGUUUGCUGUGAUAUUUGAAAAGAGUGUGAAAUAAAUAGCUUAAACAAUUCCAAGUUAAUAAAAAAAAAAAAGUUAAAAUCCCCAAAGGAAAUUUUUUCAUAAUAAUCAACACAAUAAAGAUUUCAGUCAAAAAUUUACAACUGGCUGCAACAUCCAAUUAUAAAUGAAUAAAUCAUUCCACAAAACGCACUGUUAAGAGUCUGUGCUGAGACAGCACAACAUUAUGAGGAGGCUACUUGUUUUUUUUUUUACUCAAAAUAGAGCAGGAGCUCUUACUGCUAAUGUAAAACAGCCCUUUAGUCUGGUGCAGGAAAAUGUCACUGAAAUGAUAAGCCCAAAGUCAGCUGAGAUCAGCUCCAAUUUUAUACACCAAUGUAGUCUCCUGUGUUAAUGACAUGUAGAUAAAUGGCUUUGCAUUCUGGGAAACUGUGCUAGGAGGACACUUAUAAUUAAUGGUAACAUCUGCACAAAAAUGGUUUUGGGAAAAAUCAUUAAGGAUGAUAGAUGACAUUAGAAACAUAGAAGAUAAUUACUCCUUUCUUAGUGAGCACCUGUGUAUCUAUAAGGACCUAACUAGUCCUCACUGCUUAAUGUGAGAAUAUUGCUCAAGUGUUUGUUUGUUUUGGAAAAAAUAUGUAAUUUUCUAGAAAUGGUAUUUAGGGAAGAAUGUUUUACUCUUACAUUGUUUCAAAUGAAGGAAAUCACAAUUUCAAUGUGAUCAGGAAGGCAAAUUCAUCCUGGGUGUUAACUGAGAUUCAAGAAAUGAAAUUCUUAUGUCAGAAGAGUCUUCAGGAUAAGGGGAUGUUUAUUGCUUGCAAAUGGCCAUGGAAAACUGAAUAUAUAUGCUGACUCAGGAAACUUUAGUCUGUGAAAAAAUAGAACAGAUAUUUCCACUGCACUGCAGGUCCUGUUUCAAUGGUCUAGUCCAAGGAUUCUUACUGCACAUGGAGGAACACUUGACCUCUUUCAGGCAUCUUUACUUUUAAUUUAUUCCUUUCUUCUUGCAUUGCUUGGUAUUUCUGCACACUUUUAAAUGAUAUUUUCCUUUAUUCUAGAGCAUCUGUUUGGGUCUUGGAGAUGCUAUUACAAUGGUAGUCAGAGACGUACAUCAGGGAAAAGUGUUCCCUUUCCAUUUUGUGAGGCAGCAAAGGACGAGGCAGGCAGUGGUUUCUGUGAGGACAAUACUGCUCAAGGUAGCGGAUGGAGAACAUCUAAAGAGCAAAGGAAACAGAGGCUUUCCCAGAUGAGCUAGAGAAAGAAGAGUUGUCAUCAUUCUCCUGUUGCCAAAUAGCUCACAGGGAAAGGAAACAACACCUGGAAACCAAGCGAUGGAUGGUGCCGCGGUCCUGAUCGUGGAGAGCUCCCAGCUAGACAGCGCCAGCUCCAAGGUGAACUCCAUCAAGUCCACCCUGAUGGGGGAGGCUCCAACUCAGGCAACCAACAGAUCCGCAGGCAUCCACCAGGGACUGACUCUUGCUAGCAGUAAGAAGGGCAAAAUGCUAGUGCAGAUGGGAAAAAAGCCUCCCAAGCACUAUCACCGCCAAGGAGAGGCCUAUCCUUGUACCAAUGAUAAAGAAUGUGAAGUUGGGCGAUACUGUCACAGUCCUCAUCAAGCAAUGUCUGCAUGCAUGCUGUGCAGGAGAAAGAAGAAGCGUUGCCACAGGGAUGGCAUGUGCUGCCCCGGGAACCGCUGCAACAAUGGUAUUUGCAUACCAGUAACUGAAAGCAUCCUUACACCUCACAUCCCUGCUCUGGAAGGACCACGCAACAAGAAGAACAGUCAUUAUGCCAGCAAGGAUUUGGGAUGGCAAAACCUGGGGAGGCCACGCUCCAAGCUGUCACACCUAAAAGGACACGAAGGCGACCCCUGCCUACGGUCAUCAGACUGUAUUGAGGGACACUGCUGUGCUCGCCAUUUCUGGACCAAAAUUUGCAAGCCUGUGUUGCAUCAGGGGGAGGUGUGCACCAAACAGCGCAAGAAAGGCUCCCAUGGACUGGAGAUUUUCCAACGAUGUGACUGUGCCAAGGGGCUGUCUUGCAAAGUAUGGAAAGACGCAACCUCCUCUUCUAAAUCAAGACUUCACGUGUGCCAGAAAAUCUGAACGAGGAUUGGGAAAAUAGUAUUAAGUGACUGCGGCUUUGUGUAUUUAAUGCAUUAUGGCACGGUGGGAAAUGCGGACUGUAGAUGAAAGCAGAAUGGCUAAGGUAACAGGGUGGGAGUAGAAGUCACACCAAAUGCAUUUCUUUUUGAGAUGGUGGUAAAAACAAGUGCAGCUGGAGUUCUCCUACUGUGCAGCUCUUCUGUAAAUAACUUCUACACUUUGUGGCAAAUGCUAGUAUGCAAACAAGUCCAGUGGAAAUUAAUGUCACUUACCUUGCUGCAUUGCCCCGUGAUGUUUCAGGGGUUCAGUGUUAGGGCUGCAGGGGUUUUCCAGCAUGGUAAUGACUGCUAAAUAAAUUGUAUACAUUGUACUCCUAUAGCAAGCAGUGCAUGCCAGGAAGACCCAUCUGUUAACACCUUUGGCCACAUUGCAGGUGUGAGAAAUGGAAAUGAAGUUACUGUGAAUGUCCACAUGCCCUUGUCAUUCUGGGCUGACACUUCAGCAAAGAAAGCACUCCUGCAGGACAAGAGUGCCACGUUUUGCAGCCCUCGUAAGACAGGUGGAAACUUCCCAUCUCACAAUUUCAAGAAAGCGUCACUUUCUGUAAGAGGAGGCAUUUAAACAGGAUUUUGUUUCCUAUACAUAGGUAAAUUGAAAUGCUUUAUGUAGUUCAAUGUCAUAGUAUGGCUCUUAAUCGCUUGUAUUUGCCUCAGUUUACUGCUAGUAUACAUUGGGUUGAACAGAUGAAGCAAAUAUGUGUAUGCUGAAUCCAGAAUUAUGUACAGGCAGUUGCUCAUUAGUCCUAAAUAUACUUUCUUUGCCUAAGCAGACUUGUAUUAUAGAUGUUUCCAAAAGAAACAGCAGAGUGACUAACACAGAGAACUAUGAAGUUGGGUCAUUAUUGCUGUUAGAUGAGGUAGACAGUUGUUGAGGUGUUUAGAGCAUAGUGCUACAAACUCAAAUGUUGACAUUUUAUUAGUAGCAACUGGCUACUGCUGGCACUCUGCACAAGUAUAACGGAUUUGUUUCUUAGAGGCAGCAAAGAAAAAGCAGUUGGCUCUUCGGAGCACCUCCUCUCCUGCAGAAAAGGAGGUAAGAAGACGGUACGGCCGCAAGUGGGUUGUUAAACACCACGGGAUGUCACAGCAUACCAGCCUCAGCUGGGAUUCAGCCUGAACUCAGUGUCCUCUCAGGCCAGCCUGUUCUGCCAGGAAUGAUGGAGGUACAUGGACUGUGGGAACAGCUCAAAACUCUACAUCGUUUGUGUAGUUGUUAAAAAAUGGACAGGCUCUAUCCCUUCACUCAUCUCCCAGGUCUUUUCAAACUUGUUUCAUUUUACUUAUUUGCAAGUAUUCUUUUGUAUAGACAUUGGUAAAGAGACUGCUAUUUCUUUAAAGUCUGAUUCUAUAAUUGAUCUACUGCUAAGUUGUAAUUACCCAUUUUCAUGUUUUGUAAUACACACGACUUAUCUGUUUAAUCAGUUCUGAACAAUGCGGGUAUACCAGUAUGUAGCUUAACUUUGAAGACCACGUCACCCUUACCUAAGACACCUUUCUCCCCUUACGUGUUUCCAGCAGUGGUUAAAAGCUUAGCCACACCACCUGACUCAGACUUCCUUAUUAGAACACAGACCUCAAUUAUGCUGCCUUUAUCUUUUGUAAGAGUCUACAUGAGUAUUUCAUAUGCCUCUUUCCCUGCUGGAAUUAGUGUUUAUUGACCCAGAGAGAUUGCUCACAGACAGGGUCUUCUGUUUAUUAAAAAGUCAGAGUUUUAUCUUGCAGUCCUGUCAUACCAACUCUGCUUAUUUCAGAGUUUUUCCAGUGUCACCAAAACAGGAAUAAGGCUCAGAAAUAGCAUAAUUUCAAGAUAUAAUAAUACAGGAACCAGCUUUCCAAGUGUUACGUACACUGACACAGCACAUAGUCAGCAGAGGAACACUAUUGCUCUCAUUGUGGCUCUAUAUUAAAGAAAAUGAUACCUGGUCUGAGCAGGUGAGUUACAGAAAGGGGCUCUCGGCUGUUUUUAACUCUUCUUAGCAUUGGGCUAACCCCUCAUUUUCCUCUUGCAAAACAGUUAUUUGGGAUAAUUUAUUUACAGGAAAUGUUUAAUGAGAUGUAUUUUCUUAUAGAGAAAUUUCUUACACAAAGCUUUGUAGCAGAAUAUAUUUGCAGCCUGUUGACUUCAAUGUAGAAAAAUGUAUAAUAAGAUGAAAUAUAUUAAAUGUUUUUUCCCAUUCCUCCCCCAA